UCUCCGCUUUCUCUUCAGUAUGUCUGUUUUUUCUUUACUAAACAUUGCUAUGACUCAUUCUUCCUUUUCUUCUUAGCUUUCUCUCUCUCACUCUCUCUCUGUGUUCAAGCUUCUCUCUUAUUUUUUUUUUAUUUUUUUUAUUUUUUUCAAAAGCACAAGGUUUUCUUCGCAUAUAGCUAGAGUUAGCUUUCCAGAUUCUUUUCCGGGGAAAGCUAAAAAAAGCAAAGAGAGAUAGAGAGAAGGAGAAAAGAAAGACUCAUUGCUGAACAAAACAAAAGGAUUACACACUCCUUUGCCUGUGAAUAUUACACUUUAAUUGCUUUGUCUCUCCUUAGUAUCAAAAUCUGAUUUUAAUAAAGGAAAAAAAAAAAAAAAAAAAACCUCUCUCUCUCUCUCUCUCUCUCUCUCUCUCUCAUAUAUAUAUAUUCUGUUUAACCAUCAAGCUACAAUCUCUAAAGAAGAUGCCCUUGGAGGGGAUUUUCAUUGAACCCACUUCAACUAAUAGUUCUAUUCCUGAUCUUUCCCUUCACAUAAGCCCACCAAGCACAUCUUCUUCUUCUUCUUCUUUGAUUUGUAACAAUCAAGCUCAAGUAGCUGGUGGUAACAACAAUUAUGAAGGCCACAAUUCAGCUACCUCAAAUUUCCCUUCAAGAAAAGUGUCUCAAGCUCACACUGAGCUUUCUCUUGGAAGGAAUUUCAGUGGUGGUGGUGGUGAAGAAGGAGGAGGAGUACUUCAUGAGGAAUCACCACACAAUAACCCUUAUUAUCAAAACCAACAACAGGUUCAUUUCCAUCAUGGUGUUCCAACAACAACAACAAGUAGCACUACUAGUUCAAGUACUCAUCACUUGAAUCACAUAAAUUAUGGUGUUUCAUUGCUUGAUGUGUCAUCAGAAGGAUUGAGGCCAAUCAAGGGGAUUCCAGUGUAUCACAACCGUUCAUUCCCUUUCUUACCCAUGGAUCAUUCAAGAGACAAGGAUCAUCAUCAUCAUCAUAAUCCCAAGAUGUGCUUAUAUCAUCACAUGUCUUCAUAUCCCUCUUUGUCCUCUUCUUGUUCCUCUCUGUGUUCAACUCCUUCCACUUCUCCUUCACCAUACUUUGGGGGUUUGGAUCCCAUGUCGUUCUUGAACUCAGGAGGCGGCGCGGGCGCCACCAACGGGUCGGCGGCGGCGUAUAGGGCUGCCACUGCAACAAGGUUUAAUGGGAUUUCAAGUGAGGGUUUCAAAUCUCAUCCAUUGCACCAUCAUCACUCACACUAUGGGGUUGGACUUGGACCCUCCUCUCAUCUUGAAGCUUCCUCUGGUUUUAUGAGAUCAAGGUUUUUGCCCAAGUUACCAACCAAGAGAAGCAUGAGAGCACCAAGAAUGCGUUGGACAAGCACCCUCCAUGCUCGAUUUGUUCAUGCCGUUGAGCUUCUUGGUGGCCAUGAAAGAGCUACUCCAAAGUCAGUUCUUGAGCUAAUGGAUGUGAAGGAUCUCACAUUAGCUCAUGUCAAAAGCCAUUUGCAGAUGUAUCGAACUGUUAAGACCACUGACAAGCCUGCAGCUUCUUCAGGACUUUCAGAUGGAUCAGGAGAGGAUGACAUGUCUCCGAUGGGAAGCAGCGGUGGUCUACGGCAAUUUUCCGACCAAAGAGGGUUGCCGGAUCGGCCAGUGCAACAAGAUAUGGACUACUCUUCGAGCACCACUUUAUGGAGUAACUCUUCAAGCAGUAGAGAGCCAUGGCCACAAACUAGUUCUAAUGACAUAGAUGGUUUCAGAUCACCUAUCUUCCAGUCACAAUCAAUAGCAGGAGGGCAUCAAGUUCAGGAGUGUGAUUCAACUCAACUCAAGAACAGUUUGUCAGGAUCUAAUUUAGAGUGCAAGAACCCAAGUUUGGAGUUCACAUUAGGCAUACCAGAUUGGAAUGGCAAAGGACAAGCCUAAUUUUCAUUGGUUCCCUUAUUUUCUGAUCUAUUAAUUAUGCAUAAUUUAAUUAUAAUCCACGGUGGCAACUUCAUCUUUCCUGAAAUAGAGAUGCGGUAUUAGUUAUAUGUAUAAAUUGGUGUCAAGGAGAAGAAGUAAAAAGCUCUACAUAUAGUUCUGCUAAGUUUCUUUUGGAAGUUUUCUGAGUUUAUGAACAAUUUUGUUUAGCCUUUUAUUGUAUUUAAAUUUUAUUAAUUGGUGAGGAGGAGGCACAGGAAGAAGCUGAUGUAGCUGCCAAUGUAGAACAACAAUGAAGAGAGAUAGAGAGGA